GGCUUUGACAGCCAAAAAAAUCUCCCACCUCCACCUCCAUAACCAACAACAACCACUACCUUGCAUUACUUUUUUUUUCCUUGUCUUUUCUCUUACUGUCCAAUAUUCUAUAUCAAAAUCCCACUGUAAACCCACGUCGUAACCAGUCAAACCUCGUUGCAACAUUACCUGCUUUCUGCGGCCCCUCGGCCGAUCUUAGCAGGUUUUGCUUUGCUCGUUGAAGUUGACUUGACUUGACGGUAGUUCCCCUCUUCUGUCAUCGCCCUUAUCGUUUGAUCUUAGCAUUGCCGAGUCGUGUCUUUGUUCCGUUACGACCGUUACCAACCCGAACGCAUAUGUCGGCCUCGAACUCUCUUUUCGCAACGGCCCGCCUCCCAACUUUACCUUCUAUCUUCCCGAGAUCCUAUCUUCUGCCCGCCGUAUCGUGUUAAACGGCCGAGACGCCAUAUCGCUCGAGUCGCCAACUUCCAGUUUCAAGCCCUUGACUUUGAAAGGCUUGUCCCGGCUGCCGGUCCUGUUCCCACGUGGUUCUCAGGUUCGACAGACUGUGGCAGCAAGACAAGUCGUUGCGCAUGCCUCGCGCUCCAGGUUCGAGUAAGCGACAGCAAGGCGCCGCCAGUCACCGCGACAAUCGCCAUGAGAAUGGGCUUGUAGGCCCUGCCAAGCGUUCCAACGACAAAAAGGGCUCAGGACAGCUCGACAACUCUGCCCGACGAUCUGAUCAAGGUGCUUCUGGUGCCCCUGGACAGCCAACGCCCGUCAACGGUCACGCCAACGGCCCCUACAAGCAGUGUGUCUAUGAUGCAACCAACGACGCUCACAACGAAGACCACCGACGCUCCUCUCUCGACGCUGUCUCCGAGAUGUCCUCCGACUCAUCUACCACCACUGGCCCCAGUGGUGUCGACUCUAGCCACCGCCAGAUCGACGUCAAUGCCAUGAAGAACGCCGAUGUCCACCGUGACUCGGGUCCGUUCGACCUCGCAACAACUGUUCUCAAGUCGCUUCCCAUGCAGGACACGCUCGCUAUUCUCAUCAUUCUUAUGCAUGUUCCAUCGCUCUCACUUACCGUUAUUUACACCAUCUUUACGUUCCUUACAUUUGUUCCUCCCGUCACCACAAGUUCCGGCAUGAAUAUUAACCUUGCCGAGAUUUUUGAUGGCAACUCGACCAUGCCCUCUCUUGUGACAGUUUUGUGCGUCGACUUUUUCUUUCUACUGAUAUGGCUCUUUCUGUGGGGUCCAAUCCAGGACGCUAUUCUGGAUUUCGCCAAGCCAGUUAUUGCUAUCACUCUAGGAGGGGGAACGAGCGCAAGAGAUGGAACUUCUAGGGGACUUACCACAUGCUUCACGUGGGUGAUAGGCCAUCAUCUGCUCCGAGGGACUAAGAAUCAUUGGGGCCGUGUGGCUCGUCAUAUACCUGAGCAUUGGCAGAUGCCCAAUGUUUUCAGCAGUUCACUCGAAGCUACUUCAACCACAUAUGAUAAAAUGAGUGCCUAUGGAUGGGUCAGGAGUGUUCUAGCUAUACAUAUCCUAACCCAAGGCAUCGUACGAUAUAUCCGAGAAUGGUAUUUAAGGCGUGAAAAGGCCAACGCUUCCGUUGGUGCCAGCGAUCCGGAAGCCGGAAAGACAUCUAGUGUGGCUGGCGACACGACCAAUGAAGGGGGAUUUUCAACGCCUGAUACUGAAACUGGGUUAUCAUCAACGACGGCGACAACGUCUACGGCACCCACAACCAAAAAAAGAAGAAAGCAAAGCACACAAGUUCGUCUUCAGCAACCGCUUUGGGCAGCAUUGGCAAGCACCAAAAUUGUGGUGGUGAAGGAGUAUGAGUUGUCCCAUGCAGCUUCAGAGUCAGCUGGGACAAAUGCUACCGACAUUCACAAUCUUGGCAAUGCCCCAUUCAACAACCAGCCCAACCAAAUUUGGAUAUCCUACAUUGGCAGCGAUGAAGUAUGUUUUAACACCAGCUAUUUUCCCGAAAUCGACGACGACGAGACUCGCUCUGUCGAAUCCUCCGGUGAGGAUUCGAGACCCGCCAAUAUCGAUACCUCCAAGCCAUUCUACGUUAGAGUCAACAAUGCUGUUUGGCAGCCUACGCGUAUGUUUCCAAUCGAGGAGUCUCCUGAAAAUUCGCAUGAAGGUGUGCGCUGGACAGGCGAUAUCUACGGACUCAGGCCCGCAUCUAAAUACGUCUGUGAAUUUCUCGAUAGCCAAACUGAUGAAGUUCUGUUCUCGACCAGUAUCAGAACUGUUCAGGCCACUCAGCGUGAGACCGACGGCGUCCCGCCUCCUGUGACUAAUGCCCAGCGCUCUCUCCAUCCCGACUCGCCUGCCACGACAUUGAGAACAUCGAUUGCCGCGGUGGAGGCUAAGCUCAGCGAAGAGAAGUCCCGCCUCAAGACUCUGCGGAAGGAGUAUAAAAAUCGCGCCAACGCACUGCGAAAGGACAAUGAGUUGACGGACAAUCAGCUCUCCUCGGCUGGAAACCAUGAUGAAAAGUAUCGGCAGAAAAUUCGUCAGCAAGAAACCCAGAAAGCCCAGGCAGAGCGUGACACUCAGCAGCUUACUGAGCAACUCAAAAACUUUGACACGGCUCCUGAACUCGCCGAACGUAAAAAGAAGGUCGAGAAGCAGUUCAGCAGUGAGAAGAAGGUUUUCGAGACAGCGCAAAAGGCCUUCAAGGAGUACAAGGCUGGACUGGAGAAGGAGAUCAAAGCCAAGGAAGUCGAGAAGUCAAACCUCAACACCCGUCGAAACAAGGUUGCCACGCGUAUUGCCAAGGUUGAGAACGAGCUUGCCAAUAUCAACGAUGCGAACAACCGUGGUUUAGACGAGGCGGAACGACGUAACCAACAGCGUUCUCACUGGCAAGGUCAUGUUGCCGGCAUCGAAGCUAACUACAACGAGCGACUGGCCCAUGUCCGUGCCGACAACGCCGGCAAGAGCGAGGAGAUCCGGCACUUUCAAAUGCAGUUGAUGAGUAUGCACGAGUUUAUGACCUCGGGCAAUGGCAUGUCAUACGAAAUGAUGCCGCCUCUCGACGCUGGCCACCCACAGCUUGGACCACCUUUCCAGCCUGCGACUUCGAGCACCUGGAACCCUGAUCCUACGGUUCCUCCUCACUACCCAACCGGUCUCUGGUCCGCUUCUGACAACAUGCUCCCUUCGGCUUCGGCUCCCACGCUCCCGUCUCUGUCACCUUGGCAGCCUCCUCCUACUGCUCCACCAUUCGAGCCGCGCAUGAACCGCUCACGUGGACGCAGUUCAAGUAUGCUCAGCAACAUCAGUGGUUUCACGCAGUCCAGCGGCGAGGAAUACGCAUCACCCCCCAUGGACUCUUACCGGGUUAAGCACAUCUGGGCAAGUCGCGCCAGGGCCAGCGGUGGCGGUAGCAGCGGCAGCGGCAGCAAUGGUGACCCGACAAGCCCCAGAUGAUCGCUACACGAGCAUGUUCCAUGCUUGGGUUGAGGAUUUGACUUGCAUGUAUUGGGUGAUCUAUGGCUGUGGUAGAAAGUCAGCGGUUAUAUAGUUAGAGUUCGGCAGGCUGCUGUUGGAUAGUGCUAGUAGCGAAUAAAAGUAGUGCCUUUGUU